AUGAACGGAGAGCUACUAGACGAUGACUCCGUGGAUACGGCGGCUCUUCAAGCCCAAAUCGACAUGUCCAUGUCGUUUGCACAAAGCCUCGUUACCUCGUGGAUGGAUCCUCAUAAAUUUCCGAAAAGUUCGAGAAGACAGCAUCUCGAGCAAGAAAUCACCGAGUAUAUGAAAAGACCUCCUAGGCUAGGUGUGGGAGCUGCCAUACCGGAAGGCAUGCAAAGUCAGACCCGAGAGGUUGCACGUCUCAAAGGUAAACUGACUUCCAAGCGCCCAAGGGAAGAGGUCGAUGCUGUCCCCUCUAGUGUGGCUUCAGACGACGAAGAUGAAAGCAAGGUCAUAGCCGUCAAGAAAAAGGCCCGAUUCGAUCCGUUUGAUGUGGUCCACGGAAAAAAGAAGAAAAAGAAGAUCUCUGACACCGCCAGUGUGAAAUUAGAGGCUCCAGUUUCACCCCCGGCGUCACCCACGAAGGCUUACACCUCAGAAAACACUGGAGAUGACCAUAGACCUGGCGAUUCGGACAAAGUUGUUACUUCUCCCAAGUCCAAAAAGAAGCGAUCGAAAUCUUUGAAUCCUAUGGACAUUGUGGAUGAUACAAAACAGACUACACCUCCUGCAAAUUCAGAAACGUUGCCGCCCUCGCUUCACGAAGAUGCCAAAAACUUGGCCCAUGAAGCCCUCGCAGCACAAUCACCUUCGAAGAGUUCACGAAAGACCCUCCCUCUCGAUUUGUUGAAGAUCCCUUUGCUUAACUUAGACGGACCACCUAGUGACCCCGAAAAUGACCAUGAACCUGUGACACCAUCGACACCUACCAAGAAGAAACGCAAAAGACGAAAGAAGAAUAAAAAUCAUCCGACAGUGGACGCAUUGGAAACUCAAGCAUCGACAAGUCAGGCCACACCGAUAUAA